AUGGGCCAUUAUAUAGCUUAUUUUAUUUCUCUUGUAACAAAUGUUGAAGAUCAUGGCAUGCCAGUGGAUGACGGUCAAUUCAAUCUACUAACAAAAAAGCUAGGGGUAGCAGAUGGAGGGUUGAGUUAUCUGGAUUUUGUCGCGACAUUGGAAGGAACUACAUUAUGUAACAGCCUAAACCAAAGAGUAAAUAAUGCUAAAUAUCGCUACAUGACUGCUGAAGAAUGUCUCAGUCAGCUUAAUGAUAAGCUGAUGGAAGUCUAUGGGGACACCUAUUCUGCCUUCCGUGAAACAGACAGUAACCAUGAUGGUAUCAUCAACAUGCCUGACUUUCAGCAAUUCUUGGACAGCUUUCUGUGUGGUCUUAGAGAUGAGAAGUUCUUGCACCUACUUGGUUUCUUGGGAAUGAACCUGACCACCACGUUAAAAUACCAAGAAUUCUGUCAGCUGUUCCAGACCCAGGAAACUGAGGAUGUACACCCUCGGCUGGUGCCAUCUCGCAACAAACAGAUAAUAACGGAUGCAGAGCUAGCUUGUGAUGAGGCUCAUUACUACCUUGUUAUCAAAGCAAGAACCAGAUGGCAUGACCUAGCAAGGAAUUUUCAGGAAUUUGACAGUGAGGGAAAUGUCAUUAUACAGCCAGGGGACUUGAAAAAAGUCUUGUUCAGAUUUGGCAUUCCAGUCACCCCAGAAGACUUUAAGAAGCUUUGGCCAAGGUAUGAUACAGAUGCAAAAGGAUAUCUUACUCAUCAAAAAUUUUUACAGAAACUGGGGAUAGAGUUUGCACCAGCUGACACAGGGCUCAGCAGACACAGCACAGAGGACACCUAUACAUGUUUAAAAGCAAACUAUAAUAAUCAGCAAAAGAAGCAUUCAAAGCUGGAAGAGCAGCAGCAACAGCACACUAAAGCUCUGCAUGAAAUUCCAAUAACUGACUACACUGGAUUUACACUGGGCAAGAGUAGAGCAAGCCGAUGCUAUUGUACUCCCUUGUGCUUAGGAAUCAGCAUUCAUGACAGCAAGCUCUCUUAUUUUGAUUUCCUGAGAGCAACUGAUGAUGGCAGAGCAUUUAAAUACCAACAGAGACAAAAGCAGGCUGCACCACCUGCAAGCUUUUCAGCGCUCAGCUUAGAACAGACCUUAAUUAAGAUAAAAGAAAUAGUUGCAACAUCUUAUGAUUUGUUGUACAAGUUAAAAAUAACACAGGCUUGCAACAAAGACAUCACUAAUGAUGUCACUGGUAUAACUGAAAAAGAACAAAAUACUGUGGGAGAUGCUGUUUCUUUACAGAAAUCUCUUUCCAUGCUCUUUGGAGACUCCGGUGACGCAUUUUCUCUAUCUGAUAAAGAAGGCACUGGAGUAAUUAAAGCACUAGAACUUCGGCAAGUACUUGACCACUUCUGCUUUAAAUUACGAGACAAGCAGUUCAGGCACCUUCUCAAGAACCUUAACCUUUGCAAGGAAUUGACAGUAUACUGGAAAGCUUUCCUGAGAAACAUAAACCUCCUCUCAGAGACUGAGGAAGGGCAAAAAGUCAUUCUGCCUAAAUCUUCUUGGGAGCUGUCAAAGAGAGGCAAACUCUCACAGAUACCAGAAGUAGCAACUGCUUGCUUAAACAGGAUUGCACAAGAGUUUAAAGAUAUUGACUCUUCGAAAGAUAACACGAUAUCAAAAGAGGAGUUCUGGGAUAUUUGUAACCGACAUUUUCAGCAGCUGACUGAAGAACAAUUCAAAAAUCUUUGGAACACAGUGGAUGUUGAUGCUGGUGGAUGGCUGAAAUAUCAGGACUUUUUGAGAAAGUUCAGCUCAGAACUCGUAACGAUGCCAUCAAGCACUCCCAGCAUUACUAGUCUUGCAACUUCUAUCAAGCUAGCUACCCGUGCCAUGCAGGAACCACAAGUGUCUUCUCAGCCUGAGUGUCCCAAUACAUUAUCUUCCCUAGUAGGGCAAAAGAGUAAAAUAAGACAAGAAAGGAUAUCCAAGGACAUCCAGAAGGAUGUUGGCAAGCUAGGAGAAAUCCCAGUGUCAGACUUCCUAGAUAUAGCAGAGACAUUCCACUGGGGUUUAAGUAAAGAGGAAAUUAACCAAAUAACAACAAAAUAUGACUUCAAGAAGAAUGGAAAAUUUGCAUACCAUGACUUCCUUCAGAGUUGUAUAUUGUUGUUAAAACCACAGAAAAGCUCACUGCUACAAAGGGUGAUUAUACAGAAGCCACAAAAACCGAUGAGUCCUGGACCACAAACCAUGUCAUUCUGCAGUGCAAUUACAAGAAUUCAGCCCCAGAUAUUGCACUGCUGGAGACCAAUGAAGCGAACUUUUAAAUCUUAUGAUGAAAGUCGUACUGGACUGUUAAAUAUUGCAGAUUUCAGACAAAGUUGCAUUUAGUAGGUUCUUCAUGAGUACAAAAUCAACCUAAGUGAAGAGGAGUUAUUUAGUAUUUUGGAAUAUUAUGAUAAAGCUCUCUCUUCAAAAAUAUCUUAUGAAGAUUUUCUCCAGGCAUUCUUACAGUAG